CGACUAACAAAAUAAACACAUAAGGCGAGGCGCGCCAUCACCCGUUGUCUCUCUCGUAGUCGUAGCUUCUUUUUUGGGCCCUUACCGUUUCUUUGUUCUUUUCUGUUAAUCAGGCACCUUUGGGUCCCGCAUUUAAAAAUCCCUCCCAACGGAACCCGAAACACCAGAAAACAAAAAUAAAAAACCAUUGCAACCCAAUUCAUUUAUUUAUAUCAGAAAAGAAAUCCACUUUCUGCACUGACUCACUGAAAAACGCCAUUUCCGCUCGAAAUCACGUUUCUCCGAUUUGACUCCGCUAUGACGAGUUUGACUCGGAGUUCACUAUCUCAAUCCGUAGCCAUAUCACUGAUUUCAGGUUUCCGAUCCACCUUCGCUUUCAUUUGCCGACGGUCCUUGCUCCUAGAUCUGAGCCGUUUGUGCAAUUAACGGUGACGGUCAUGUCAAUAGGUAUGCUAAAAAGGUUUCAAGGCUUGCUGCUGAAAUGGAUGCUUAUAUUAUCUUGCCUGGCAUUUAUGAUUGUGGCUGGUGAAAAUGAUAAAACAGUGGAGCCUUUGGCCUUUGCUGUUGUUCACGAUCUACCUAUACCAGCAAGUCUCCAUUUGUCAAAGCAUGUGCUUUCUCAAGGUGCGCCAAUUGAAGCAUCGUCACCAGUCAGUCCACCCUCAUAUGGUCCUUUCUCAAGUACUGGCCAGUCCCCUAAAAGUUCACAUUUAUCUAUACCAUUCAAAAUGAAGAGUGAAAUGAAAGAUCCAAUUCCUGGCUUUAAAUAUAUUGCUCCUGCAGCUGCAGGCCCUUCUGCUUCAACUCAGCCACCAUUGUCUCCUUAUGUAUCCAAUUGUUGUAAACAAGACAUGGUGCUGAAAAGAGCCAGUAAGAGUUGCCACUGUGCAUAUCCCAUAAAGCUAGACCUUUUUCUUUCGAAUGUCUCUCAAAGUCCUAGUUGGAAUGAUUUUCUUAAUGAAUUAGCUGUCCAGCUUGGGUUGCGAAAUACCCAGAUUGAACUGAUAAACUUUUAUGUUCUCAGUGUAUCAACAUUAAAUAUAUCAAUGAAUAUUACUCCACAUAAAGGCAUCAGUUUCUCUGCCAGUGAAGUUUCUAAAAUAAACUCUUCGCUUUCAAUGCAUAAGGUUAAACUAGACCCUCGAUUAGUGGGUGGAUACCAACUUCUCAAUAUAACUUGGUUUGAACCACCAGCGCCUUCACAAGCUCCUAGGUUAGCUGCAUCACCUGUGAAAACCCCUUCGUAUCAUUCACCUACCGCUGUAUCAUCAUCUGGUUCUUCAGGACGGCAUUCAAAUCUGUUUAUUAUUCUUGGAAUUAUUAUUGGCAUAAUCUUUAUUGGUAUCAUAUCUGUCCUUAUAUUCUGUUUAUGUACAUUCCUGCCCAAAGCAAACGCUCCUCCUGGGGAAACUGAAAAGCCAAGGAUAGAGAGUACAGUUUCAGCUGUGGGUUCUCUUCCUCACCCAAGCAGUACACGCUUUAUUGCUUAUGAAGAGCUUAAAGAAGCAACAAACAACUUUGAAACAGCGAGCGUACUUGGAGAAGGAGGGUUUGGAAGAGUUUUUAAAGGUGUCUUGAAUGAUGGUACUCCUGUUGCAAUUAAGAGGCUUACAAGUGGAGGGCAACAGGGUGACAAAGAGUUUUUGGUGGAAGUCGAGAUGCUUAGCCGCUUGCAUCAUCGUAACCUUGUAAAACUAGUGGGAUACUUCAGUAAUCGUGAUUCAUCACAAAAUUUACUUUGCUAUGAGCUUGUUCCCAAUGGAAGUUUGGAGGCUUGGCUUCAUGGUCCCUUGGGAAUUAAUUGUCCUUUGGAUUGGGACACCAGAAUGAAAAUUGCGCUUGAUGCUGCAAGGGGGCUUUCAUACCUGCACGAAGACUCACAGCCAUGUGUAAUACAUAGAGACUUCAAGGCAUCCAACAUAUUGCUAGAGAACAACUUUCACGCCAAGGUUGCAGAUUUUGGUCUUGCUAAGCAAGCACCUGAAGGCAGAUCAAAUUAUUUGUCUACUCGUGUCAUGGGGACAUUUGGGUACGUAGCUCCUGAGUAUGCCAUGACUGGACACCUACUUGUUAAAAGUGAUGUUUAUAGCUAUGGCGUUGUCUUACUGGAACUGCUUACCGGUAGGAAGCCUGUGGAUAUGUCACAGCCAACUGGGCAAGAGAACCUUGUUACUUGGGCUAGGCCAAUCCUUAGAGAUAAGGAUAGGUUGGAAGAGAUUGUUGAUCCAAGUCUCGGGGGAAAGUAUCCUAAAGAAGAUUUUGUACGUGUUUGCACUAUUGCUGCAGCCUGUGUUGCUCCCGAAGCAAACCAGCGACCCACAAUGGGUGAAGUGGUGCAGUCACUUAAAAUGGUGCAGCGCGUCACAGAAUACCAUGAUUCGCUGUUGGCCUCAUCCAAUACUCGAGCCAACCUGAGACAGUCCUCUAGCACUUUUGAAUUUGAUGGAACAUCUUCUGUAUUCUCUUCGGGUCCAUACUCUGGCAUAAGUGCCUUUGAAAACGACAACAUUUCAAGGACUGUGGUUUUCUCUGAAGAUCUUUGUGAAGGACGAUAAAUACUGAGAAAAGGCCAAAAUGUUCGGUUUCCAAUUUUUUUUCAGGCCUUCAAGCUUUCAAUCAAAACUUUUUAACUUCAUGAUUUGGAGCACUUUCAAUUCUACAGCUGGGUUUAAACCUUGAAAAUUUUCAGGAUUUAAGCAUUUUGCUGGUAACAUGAUUGUAGUAACAAAUAUUCUAAUUAGCAGAUUAAUUAUUUAAAGAUUUAGAUAACAGCUUGUAUAAAUAGAACAAAAUUUGCCAAGUAGCUCAGUUUUAUUUAUCUUUUGACCUGAAAAUAUGAAUACUUGUAUUCUUCAGUUUGUUACAGAUUAUUCAUUGCAUUCUUCCA